AUCAGAUUCAACAUUAUCAUCAUCUCCCCGAAUUAUUUAAUUCUAGUCUUCGUCUUCCUUUAAAUCAACGAAACAUGCAAUAAACUAAUACAUAUCAGCCCACUCCUAUACCUCACAUAAUGCCUCCAAAAUUCUCCUACGGUCUCAACCUGCCGAAUGCAAAGAAGCCCACAUCCGCCAAGCCCAACCUAUUAGCCGGACAAAAGCGCAAAAAGCCAGUAUUCGGCGACUCAGGCUCAGAAGACGAGGGAGAAACUAAUCUCGCCGAAAACCAAGAUGGCGCAAUCGAAAUUACAACCCUGGGAGGACUAGACAGGAAAAACGAAAGCCUCCCAGUCGAGACAGAUACAAAGCCCAAGAAACCGUUUCUAGCAGGUCUAUCAAGCGCGAAACCUCCAAGCAAGAAGAUCGGCGUAAGGCCGUUGAAGAGUAGUAUCUUUGACGACGAGCAUGAUGAAGGACAAGCGGACAAACCCCAGAGUGAGGUAGAUGCGCCAAAUAAAAAAACAUACGGCUUGCAAUCAACGGACACAAAUAAAGAUUAUGUGAAUCUUGCAGCAUUACAUACGAGUCGAAAACACGCAAAAGAAGCUGAAGAACUCGACCCUUCUAUAUACUCAUACGAUGCUGUUUACGAUAGCAUAAAAGCAAAACGCGAGAAGCCAAAGAAGACGGACAAUGGCGAGCAGGAAAGCUCUAGGUAUAUGGAUGCGCUGUUGCGCAGUGCAGAGGUGCGAAAACGAGAUCAAUUACGAGCUAGAGAUAGGGUGUUAGCGAAGGAGCGGGAAGCCGAGGGAGAUGAAUACGCAGAUAAAGAGAAGUUUGUGACGGCCGCAUACCGAGCGCAGCAAGAUGAGGUGAAGCGGAUGGAGGAGGAAGAGGCAAAGAGAGAGCAGGAAGAAGAGGAGCGACGAAAAAAGAACGGCGGGUCGGGGAUGGUGAGCUUCUAUCGCGAAAUGCUCGCUCGAGACGAGGAGAGUCAUGGCGAGGCGGUAAAAGCAGCGCAGGAGGCAGCCGAAAAAGUUGCAGCGGGAGAAACACCGGUAGAGGUAUCGGAAGGCGUGACGAAGGAAAAGUCCGAAGCAGAUAUCGCGGCCGAAUUGAAUGCACGUGGUGCCAAGGUUGUUGUCAAUGACGAAGGGCAAGUAGUCGACAAGCGCCAGCUGCUCAGCGCAGGCCUCAAUGUCGCUCCGAAACCAAAAGCAAAACCGUCAGGUCCAGCUGCUGUGUCUACUGUCCGGCCUGGUGCCCGUGGUCCGUCCAACGAGGUUUAUGCGGCUCGUGGCGCCCAGCGUGCUCGUCAAACUGAGAUGAUUGCCGCUCAGCUUGAAGAACGUGCUAGGCAAGAAGAGGAAGCUGAAAAGGAACGGCAGAAACAGCUGGCUGAGAAGAACCGUAGUCACAAGACGGACUCGGAUGUUCAAAGCGCUCGCGAACGGUAUCUUGCGCGUAAGCGCGAGAAGGAGGCGCAAGCUAAAAGCGGCACUUGAUAUGAAUAUAAAUGUCUUUUGUGUCUUGGAGCUUGUCAGGUCGAAGGUUUAACCUCACCUUUCUUGUAUUACUAAGAAAGAUGCUCAUACGCAGCUACUUCUAUGCGGACAAUAGUUAUUCUGUCCUCGUGGAUGCGGUGGAUUA